AUGAAAGGUAAUUUUUUCAGAGGUAUGGUUCCUAUAGAAGGUCAGAUUUUAAGAAUAAGUCCCAUUGAAGGCAAGAAACUCAUAUUACAGAGCAAGAAAAAGACAGACCAUAUAGCACAGAACAUGAAAGGAACAGUGCAUUCACAUGUUACAACUGCAGCAGAUUGGGGCACUAUGCAAAUAAUUGCAUUUCAAGAUCAGACAGGCCUCUUAACAAUCAGUAGUAGAGAGUUUGACAAAAUCAGUUUCAGUGGCAUAGUAAAGAGAGAAAAUAAAGGCAUCAUCCUUAGUGAUAAGCUGGCUCGAACAAGGAGUUACAUUAUUUCCCAAAGGCCUGCUUUGCCUAUCACUACUUUUAGAGAAAAGGGCAAUAGUCAAGGUAGGAAAGAGGGCUCAAAGACCAAACUGCUUGUUAGAAGUAAGCCCUAUAUUUCUAAAACCAAAACCAGAAAGCCUAAAAACAUUCAUUCGAACAGUAGAGAAAAACUGAUGGGUUAUAACAAUGGAUUUAAAAGAUGGUUAUUAUCACCUUUGAUAACAGAGAAUGCACAAAAACUGCUGGGAUUCAGAUUCAAAGAGGACUGGUACUAUUAUCAUGUUCUGCCAUUUGAGCUAAGUCAGGUGGUGUGGGUUUUUUUGAAGGUAAUGCGAGCAGUAAUCAGACAUUGGCAUUCAAUGGGCAUCUACUGUAGAAACCAUAUAGAUGACAUCUGGAUUGCCCAUCCAGAGAUCAAAAUCUUGAAGUAUCAAAGAGAUUAUGUAAUUGGCUCAAAUUUAAGCUUAGAUUGCCUAAUUUUGGCAGAGAAAGGAAGUUGGAAACCCACACUGAGACCAAAGUUUUAUGGGUUAAUAUUGGACACAAUGGAGGCAUUGGUAAUAAUUUCAGAUGAAAAAUUGAAGACAGCAAAGCGAGCUUUAAAAUACUUAGCAACCCAACAGGAGAAAUGGUUGCCCUGUAUGGAAACCCUCAUGUAUACUCCCACUGUUCGUGGAUGCUUCAACAACUGGCUAGUUGGCAAUGCUAUUUGCAUACAAGGCAUUUGGAAACUGAAAGAGAAAGCACCAACAUGUAAUGGUUUUUAUAGACAACAAAAUUGCAAGAAAAAUGAUGAAGUCAGAAGAAAAGACAUCUUGGCAGAAGGAAUACAUGAGGAAGGUUUAAAACUUCUACGACAACACAGACAUUCGGAUUUAUGA